AUAAUAAAUUCACUCGGUAAUCGGUCUACAUAAUUCUUUCAGCUUCUCCCCGGUUCUCCCUCCAUACAAUUUCUUUAGCUUGUCAAAAAUCUCUCUCUCUCUCCAUCUCUCUCUCUCCCUCAAUUGUGAGGUGAUCACCAACCAUGGCUAAUUCUUACAGCAGUACGAAUAUCUUGCCACAUAAUUUGACGUUAUUUAAAAAGAAGCAUAUUAAUCUUUACUACACAGCAAUUGUUACUAUCUUAUGCUCUAUGUUCUACAUCAUCGGCGUAUGGCAGCACGGCGGCGGCGCCACCGGCGACACGGUACUGCUCAGCACGCUUCCCUGUAUUCCACGUGAAAACACCACCUUAAGAAUUGACCCUUUACCGGAACUUGACUUCUCGUCCCACCACAAGGCCGAAGACAUGCAGCCCGCGGAGGCGCGUGUGAAGCACUUCCCGCCGUGUGACUCGAAAUUCAGUGAGUACACGCCAUGCGAAGACGCGGAGAGGUCGUUAAAGUUUGACAGAGAGAUGUUGGUUUAUAGAGAACGGCAUUGCCCGGAAGAUGACGAGGUGUUGUCGUGUAGAAUUCCGGCGCCGUUUGGUUAUAAACAGCCGUUCCGGUGGCCGGAGAGCCGUGACGCGGUUUGGUAUGCUAAUGUGCCGCAUAAACACUUGACAGUGGAAAAAGCCGGGCAGAAUUGGGUCCGGUUCGAGGGGGACCGGUUCAAGUUCCCGGGCGGUGGGACCAUGUUCCCUAGAGGUGCCAAUGCUUACAUUGAUGAUAUCGGAAAAUUGAUCAAUCUUCGUGACGGUUCUAUUCGGACGGCUAUAGAUACCGGUUGCGGGGUCGCAAGCUGGGGAGCAUACCUUCUGUCAAGGAACAUAUUAACCGUGUCAUUUGCACCAAGAGACACUCACAUAGCACAAGUGCAGUUUGCGCUUGAGCGUGGAGUCCCUGCACUGAUAGGUGUUUUGGCUUCUAUUCGGCUACCUUACCCUUCAAGAGCGUUCGACAUGGCUCAUUGUUCUCGUUGCCUCAUUCCGUGGGGAAAGAAUGAUGGACUUUACUUGAUUGAAGUUGAUAGAAUAUUAAGACCAGGUGGAUACUGGAUUUACUCUGGACCACCUAUAAAUUGGCAGAAUCGGUGGAAAGGUUGGGAUAGAACACCCAAAGAUCUUGAAGAUGAGCAAAAUUUAGUUGAGAGUGUCGCAAGAAGUCUGUGUUGGAAGAAAUUAGUACAAAAAGAUGACAUUGCUAUCUGGCAGAAACCAACUAAUCAUGUUCAUUGUAAGCUCAACCGGAAGGUGUUCAAAAAACCGCAGUUAUGCCAAGCACCAAAUCCAGAUAAGGCUUGGUACACUAAAUUGGAAACAUGUUUGACACCACUACCAGAAGUGAAGAACAUAAAAGAAACUGCAGGUGGGCAGCUGGCAAAAUGGCCUUCAAGAUUAAAUGCAAUACCGCCACGAAUUGCUAGUGGAAGUGUAGAGGGAGUUACGAAUGAAAAUUUCACCAAAGACUCAGAAUUAUGGAAGACGAGAAUACUACAUUACAAGUCCCUGGACCAUCAGCUUGCUGAGAGAGGAAGGUACCGGAAUUUGCUCGACAUGAAUUCUUAUUUAGGAGGUUUUGCAGCUGCACUUGUUGAUGAUCCUGUGUGGGUCAUGAACAUUGUACCCGUUGAGGGUCAAAUCGACACCCUGGGAGUUGUUUAUCAACGCGGACUUAUUGGAACUUAUCAGAACUGGUGUGAGGCCAUGUCUACAUAUCCAAGAACAUAUGAUUUCAUUCAUGCUGAUUCUAUAUUUAGUCUCUACAAAGAUAGAUGUGGAAUUGAAGAUAUUGUGCUGGAAAUGGACAGAAUACUGAGGCCACAAGGCAGUGUCAUCAUAAGAGAUGAUGUUGAUGUCUUGUUAAAUGUCAAGAACAUUUUAGAUGGAGUUGAAUGGGAAAGUAGAUUGGUGGAUCACGAAGAUGGGCCUCUUGUAAGACAAAAGCUACUUAUUGCAACUAAACAGUACUGGACUUCACCUGCAGCCAUUGAGCAAGAUCCACAGGCCCUUAAUCGAGCUUCCUAGCGCUACUACCUUCACAAUUUUUUCAUACAUUUCUUUUAUAUAGUUCUUUUUUUACCAUCAAAUGCUAUAUUGUUUGACUCUACCUGGCCCACAAAAAAUAGAUAAUAUUUAAAUGAAAAAUGAGAUUAAUUGACCGAAUUAA